UAUAUCGACAUAUACGCGCCCUUGUAUUUAUUUUGACCAAAAAAAUAAUUCUAUCUGUGGUGAAGAAAGGACAAAAUGUUCUCUUCUCUCUUGGUUCGUUCUAAUUCCAUAACAUCUCCACUGCGAAAUUUUACAAUUCGAGGGUCUUGUUCUAAACUAUUCGUCGGAGGGCUAUCUUACGAUACUAAUGAACCUGUUUUGAAGUGUGAGUUUGAAAAGUUUGGUGAAGUUAUUGAAGUUAAAGUAAUAUGUGAUCACAAGAGUGGGGAAUCAAAAGGUUAUGGCUUUGUGCUGUUUCAUUCAGAGGAAGCAGCUGCAAGUGCCUUAGCUUCCAUGAACAAUCAGUUACUUGAAGGCAGAAACAUCAGAGUUGAAUAUGCUCAACCGAAAGGAGCUUUAUGUCAGAAGUGAUCUCAAUAGAAAUCAAACUUCAAAACUCCUGUUGUUUCACUUAUUGGCUCUACCUUAACUCAGGAAAUGCAACCACUCUUGAAUGAUUUUGUUGAAGAUCCUUGUGUCUUUUUGUAAUGACUGUGUCUCUCUCUUCUUCAACCCUGGUUACUUUUCAUAUUUGAAGUUGGUGCUUCUACUUCCU